GGGAAAGCAAAACUUGAGAUGCAUACAUUUCCGAAGAUUGAGUUUUGUAGUUAUUCAUGGGAAAGCAGAGACGAGGGCUCUGUUGCCGCUUGCCACCAUGGAGAUGUUUGAAGAACGUCAAAAUCAACCAAAAAAUGCCGAGAAACGUAUUAAGUAUCAAGAAAUCACGGAGAAAGGGGACGAGGAUGGAAUCAGUGCGUUGCCCGAUGGAUUGCUUCUUGAAAUCCUCUCUCGUUUACCCUAUACAAAAGAUGCGAUUAGAACAGGUAAACUCUCCAAGCGAUGGGAAAAUCUUUGGAAUUGGGUACCUACUCUGAUUUUUACACAUUUAGAUCAUCAUCGCCGGUGUGAAUGUUUCCAAAACCCUAACUCAAUUUACGAUUUCGCGCGAUUGGUGGAGAAAACCCUAACUCAAUGUCGCCAGUUGAAGCUAAAGAAAUUCAAACUGCAUUCGUAUUAUGCUAUUCGAUUUGAAUCGCAGUUCAACAAUUGGAUUCGUCAUGCUAUAAGUUGUAACGUUGAAGAGCUUGACUUGGAGUUUCUGUACAGGGACAGGGACGCUGAGUUUCGGCUAGAUCAAUCUAUUUUCAACAAUUCUUGUUUUACCGAUCUGAAAUUAGCAGGCUGCAUGUUGAAUCCAAGUGGGGCGAUUAGUUGGAAAAAUCUCAAGAGUUUGUAUAUUUCCUAUCUGAUGUUAGAUGAAGACUUGAUCGAAAAUAUAUUAUCUGGAAGUCCUCUAUUGGAAACUUUGGUGUUGGAAGAUUUCGAUGGUUAUAGGGGGAUAGAGAUUAGUUCAUAUGAUGAAUCUGAAGACGAUAUCAUCAAAAUCAAUGCUCCCCAACUGAAGAAGCUCAAGAAAUUCGAAGCAGCGUCAUCUGAAUUUGAUAUUAAGUUAGAAUUACAACUCAACAGUUGGAUUUGUUAUGUUAUAAGAUGCAAUGUUAAAGAGAUUAUAUUAAAGUUAUCGACUAACAAAUUCGAAUCUGAAUCUGAUUUUAAGUUAGAUCAAACUCUUUUCACCUGUUCGUGUCUGACUGAUCUGACAUUAGAUCUGUGCACGUGCAUGGUUAUUCCAGCUGGGGUGAUUAGUUGGAAAAAUCUUAGGAAUUUGUGUAUAUCGUAUGGGAGUUUAGAUGAAGAGUUGAUUGAAAAUAUAUUAUCAGGGAGUCCUGUAUUGGAAACUUUGGAGUUGGAUCUUUGCUAUGGUUAUAGGAGGCUUAAUAUUACUUCAAAGAGUCUUAAAAACUUGGUGAUAUCUAAAUACUGGAAUUACUUGAAUAGUUAUGAUGUAUCUACAUCUGACGCUGAUUUGGAUGGAUACUUGGAUUAUUGUAUUGGAUCUGAAGCCCAUAUCGAUAUGAAAUCAAUGCUCCUAAUAUUCAAUCACUAAGAAUCGAACAGGAAAUAGAUUUGUUGAAGCUUUUGUUGGUAGAUGUGUCGUCUUUAGUUAAAGCUAACUUAAAUUAUACAGCGCCUAAAAAAGUGGAAGAAGAGAUGCUUAAAGGAUUUAUAAUGAAGCUUGGCCAUGUCAAGGAGCUUAAAAUUGGGAUUUUAUGUUCUCAGGUGGUUUCCUGUUUGCAAGAUAAAGGUUUCGUUUUUCCAUCAAAUGUCAAGUUUCCUCAAGUGGAAGUCACCCGAGCUUAACUGAUUCUUGAUGCUUUAAGUUCAUGUUUAGGCAUUAGUUUUUUUUUCCCACUCAACUGGUUAUAAGUCUGUUAAUCUGAUUACUUUUUCUUUUUUUCAUUAUCUUAAUUUCUUUUGUAUUACAGCUGGUUAAAUGUUACUAGUUUUUCUUUU